UAUUGCUCUGUCGCAAAGUAUAAAUGUUUAUGUUUUUCCACACGUGCGCUAGAAGUCUAUUGGUCAUUUGGGCUGCCUGUCAUUCUAUAAUCGGAUCCAACCAUUGGCUAGCUAGACUUCCUGGGAUUUUGGCGGUGGAGUAAACAUGGCGGAAGAUUUAAAAGGGUGCCAAGUUGUAUGUAAAGUUACAACGAGCCAGUUGCAGACACUCUGUCGUCAUGAAGGGAUUGUGUGCUUGGAUCUGGGGGUCAUCAGGAAACAAAUGCACAACUUCGAAGUGGAGUACCUGUGUGACUACAAGAGGACACUUGUUCCUGGUAGGAAGACAGCCAAUGCCACAGGAGUACCAAAGGAGCGAGAGUUCUACUUGGUUAAAUGGAAGGGUUACCCAGAUCACAUGAACACCUGGGAGCAGAGGAAAAACCUGCGGUGUGUGGAGCUUUUACGUCAGUUCUGGGACGAUGUCUUCCUGGAGCUGCAGAGACAGAAAAAGACUGUAGUCCCCAACCGGUUUGAAACAGAGCUGUCCUCUUACCUGGAGCAGAGGGCCAGGCAUAGGCAGAGCCUGCAGAGGUGGGAGGCCCAGAUCAACAGUGUUGGAGGCCUCACCAAACGCAUCCUGGUCCGCAACCGUGUGGACCUGGAGGGCCCUCCGAAUAACUUCACCUACAUCAACUACUACAAGGUGGGUGAGGGCAUUUCGAUGACGACGAUGGCAGUGGGGUGUGAGUGUACCAACUGUUUGGAGAACCCUGUGGGUGGUUGCUGCCCAGGAGUAUCGGGACAUGGCUUUGCCUACAACGAGUGUGGGCAGGUGAAGGUUAAGCCUGGGGAGCCCAUCUAUGAGUGCAACAAUAUGUGUCGCUGUGGACCAAACUGCCCCAACAGAGUGGUACAGAGAGGGAUCCAGCAUAUCCUCUGCAUCUUCAAAACAGACAACGGGCGGGGGUGGGGAGUACGGACCUCUGAGCGUAUCAGAAGGCAUUCCUUUGUCAUGGAAUAUGUUGGAGAGAUCAUCACUACAGAGGAGGCAGAGAGGCGGGGUCAGGUCUAUGACAGACAGGGAGCAACGUACCUGUUUGACCUGGACUAUGUGGAGGAUGAGUACACCAUUGAUGCUGCUCACUAUGGAAAUGUAUCCCACUUCGUCAACCACAGUUGCAACCCUAACCUGCAGGUGUAUAACGUAUUCAUAGACAACCUGGAUGAGCGACUGCCACGUCUGGCUUUCUUCUCAAACCGUGGUAUCAGCGCUGGUGAAGAGCUCACCUUCGACUACAAUAUGCAGAUUGAUCCAAUAGAUGUGGAGAGUACAAAGAUGGACUCCAAUUUCAGCAUGACUAUUUCACCCAAAAACGCUUCUCUCGUGACUGGAUCACCCAAGAAGGCACACAUGACUGGAUCACCCAAAAAUGAUCCUCUCAUGACUGGAUCACCCAAAAAGGAUCCUCUCAUGAUUGGAUCACCCAAAAAGGAUCCUCUCAUGAUUGGAUCACCCAAAAAGGAUCCUCUCAUGAUUGGAUCACCCAAAAAGGAUCCUCUCAUGAUUGGAUCACCCAAAAAGGAUCCUCUCAUGAUUGGAUCACCCAAAAAGGAUCCUCUCAUGAUUGGAUCACCCAAAAAGGAUCCUCUCAUGAUUGGAUCACCCAAAAAGGAUCCUCUCAUUAUUGGAUCAACCAAAAAGGAUCCUCUCAUGGCUGGAACACCCAAAAAACGAGCGCGCAUGGAGUGCAAGUGUGGGACAGACAAUUGCAGGGGGUACUUGUUUUAGGGUUGCAGCAAGGACAAAUUUAUACAUUUGACUUUUCCACGAUUGUCAUCAUGACAAUUCAUUUAUUUCUGGCAUUUUAAAUGUAUACUAUGAUGUCUGUGAAUAUUUUGCCCUAUUUGAUCAUAAUCUAUUCAUUAGUGUUUGGGGCAUCUUUUAUUUGUUUCUUACAUGUUUAAAAAAAUGUAAUAAAGUUAUUUGGUUUUAGUAUACAACACUCAAAUCCAAUUUGUUUGCUAUCCGAUCUCAUCGGAUUCAAAGAAUUCAAUCCUUUUGGUUUCAAUAUGAACCCUUUUCUUUUACAGGUUAAUAUGUUUAGGCCUGGUCCCAGAUCUGCGGUCUCCCCACAGCCUGGUCCCAGAUCUGCGGUCUCCCCACAGCCUGGUCCCAGAUCUGCGGUCUCCCCACAGCCUGGUCCCAAAUCACUACCUUUCAAAAGUUUGGGGUCACUUAGAAAUGUUCUUGUUUUUGAAAGAAAAACACUUUUUGUCCAUUAAAUAACAUCAAAUUGAUCCAAAAUACAGUGUAGAGAUUGUUAAUGUUGUAAAUUACUAUUGUAGCUGGAAACGGCAGAUUUAUAUAAAAAAAAUGUAAUGGAAAAUCUACAGAGGCCCAUUAUCAGCAACCAUCACUCCUGUAUUCCAAUGACGCAUUGUGUUAGCUAAUCCAAGUUUA